GGUCCAUGGAAUGAAGCGCUGCUCCACCCCCGCCCCUCUCCACCUGCCGCUUGCCGCUCCUCUCCAGUCUGUUCGCCGCCAGGGAGCAGUGUCGCUGUCCUUUCCAUCCGGCCGCGGGAAGCAGCUCAGCCUGUGGAAAGAGCGUUGGAAAGAUGUUGGCAACUAAAAGGGGUGGUGAUAGUCUUACAAGAAGCUCAGAUGAGAGUAAAAGAACCAGGUCAUUGGUUUCAGGUGACUCAAAUUGGUACCCUGAUGAAGGUAUCUGGAGUGGCCUGGGUAAAGAAAGGUGUUUUGAGAUUGUCCAAAAGUGUUGUCUCGCUUGCUUUGUCAGAUGGGGAUACAGUGCUAUUUUCGUGCUCUGGCAUAGCUAUAAAAUUCAUGAUGAAUGCUACAAGGUUUCUGACUUCAGCAAGUUUGGUUCGAGCUUUCGAGAGUUAUAAAGACAAAAACCAUAAUAACCUUAAGAUUGAAGUGCGCCAUGAAGGAAAAGUCGCCACUGGAUUUCUGAAGGAAUCUGAUUUGGACCUUGAGAUUGCUAUUGUCCACAUCGAUUCCUCCUUUGAUGUUCGUCCCGUAUUUCUCUAUCAUUGGAAUCAAUUUAUGCCCUAUUGCGAUGUAGUAUCAUUAGGGCGUGACACAUCAGGCAAAUUAAUGGCCAUAACUGGGAAGCUUACUCGUGACCGGAGUGGAUCUAAUGAAAGUGAAUAUCUUAUGUUCUCUUCUUGUAAAUUAUCUGAGGUUUGGGAAGGUGGCCCUCUUUUUAGUUAUGAUGGGGAGUUUGUUGGCAUGAACCUUGUUCCAAGUAUGAAAAAAUCAUUUUUCUUGCCCACGAGUUUGAUUAUUGAACGGCUGCAGCAUUUCUGGACAUCUCUGGAAAGGAAUGCAUUUCUGACACGGGUAAAAGAGUUAAAGAAAUUGAGGGUUGGAGAACUGACAGAUGAUACACAGGACUCACAAUCUGAAGGUGCUCCGAACAAGGAUCAUCUAGAAGUGGUGGGCUAUCCCAAGCCAACUGGCACUGGCAGUGGAAUGAAAUUGGUUUAUACUUUCGAAGAGCCUUUUGGUGAUGUUUACCAAGAUGGUAUCUGGAAGAAACUUGGUAAAAGAUUUUGUCGGAAGAUAUGUCGAAGUGUUGUCUCCCUUGCUUCAUUUACUGGAGAUACAAGGUAUUUUGCAUGUUCUGGAAUUUUUAUUGACUGGGAUGGUAAAUGCCGAGACAAUGAAUGCCAGAUUAUUCUGACUUCGGCGAGCUUAGUUAGAAAUCCUGAUUAUCCCUAUGAUGAUGGAGACAAGAUUGUUGAAGGAUUGAGUAUUGAAGUGCGUCUUCCGAGCAACAGACGAAGAGAAGGGACGUUAAUACAUUACAAUUUGCAAUAUAAUGUUGCUUUAGUCAGUGUCCAAGAAUUCUGUGCUGUCCCUCUAGCCAUUUCUAAACACGGGUCACUAAUUUGUUCUUCUAAGUUAGUAGCUGCUGUUGGGCGUUGCUUCAAAUCAAAUGAUUUGAUGGCUUCAAGUGGGCAACUGGUUCCCUCCUGGUCGGGUCAAUUUGAUUGCAAAAAGCUUCAUUACUCUACAUGUCGUAUCACUAAGGCCGGGAUUGGAGGGCCCCUUGUUGAUUAUGAUGGGAAUUUUAUUGGCAUGAACUUUUAUGAUCCAAAAAUGGGCACCCCGUUUCUGUUUUGUGAUGAUAUUGUUGAUAUCCUGGAUUGUUUUAAGAAAAGGACUGGUGCUGAAAUUGACAGUUUCCGUGUUGAUGGAGAUGACACUGUUUUUGUGAACAGCUGGCCAGUGCCUCCUCCAUAUUGGAGGUGUCCAGGUGAUCCAGAUGGUUUUAGCGAAUAUGAGCGUAAAGUCCUAGCCAGCGGCCGCAAGUUUAACUACUAUGAUGGGCGGGUUUGCAAGUAGUACCCUGCCGAACUGCUGUCUCGUGUCUUAGCUGGUGAAACUUGUUUGAGUUGGCUUUCAUAAUUAUGUUUGAACCUAUGUUUGUUGUUUCUUUUUGUAAGACUGAACAAUCUAUUACUAUUUAUUGUUCCUGGAGUCUACAGAGUUUGUAAGCUUGUAAGGACUUGGUUGGUGUACACUUAGUGUUUAUUUGUUGGUUGGUGUCUGCUUGUUAUCGAGUGAAAAUGAGCUGUCGUGGCCUUUACUGCAACAA